UCUAAGAAGGACAGAACUUCCAUAAUGACCGGAUUACUCUUGUUCUUUUUGGUCGCCUGUCGUUUCUCUGACGCAGAGGAGCAUACAGUAAACGAAUUAUUCUCUUUACUUGGUUCAGGGCCGGAGAAGACAGGUAAUGGCGAACAACCCGAGCCACGGCAGAACAACAGCAGGGUGAACGGGAAAGACGCGGUCUUGCCUGUGAACGAGCUAUUGGGUCAAUCCAAGAAAACCGGGGACACCAAAUACACUCUUCACCCGCUACCUGCCGGAGUGUGGCCGAAGCACACGGACCUGGUGCCUAUUCCUCGCCUCGUACCCCACGCUAAGACCAAGAAGGUGUCCAAAACGGACCGCUUACCCGUGGAGCACAACAGCGAGAAGAACAGGGACGCAGGGCGCGCGAGCGUGCCCAACAUUCUGCACCCCAAAGGCGCACCUGUCGCGAACCGCACGCACAAAAAUUUGCCCGAGAGCGAAAAUCAUUCCAACAACAACCCCCCACCGAGUGAGUCUGACACUGGCCCCUAUUCGAGGUCUCGCAACACACAGUUGUCCUCCAACGCAAGGAAAGACCGAGACCCCCCUAAUAAUAACCGGCGCCUCGACCCCGAGGAGAACCGUCCGGGGAAGUCGAGUCUGACCACCGGGGGUAAUCUAAACAACACCCGACCCUUUGUGCUGUACAACCGCCGCUCAUCCAGCCUGCUGUACCACUUCGACAUCCUUAAAAGAGAGUCAGACUUCACCCAAGACGCCGUGUGCCUGAGUGAAUGCAGAAAGGAGAGAGACGAAAGGGAACACUAUUGUUACAGCGAGUUUGCCAUCAACGGCAUCGUGCACGACAUCGAGGUCCUGCGGCGCGGCAUCCGUCUCAUCACCCUGCUGGUGAACAGCGAUGGCUUCUACAAGAUGAGCCGCCUGUACGUCACCCCUGACAGCUACUUCUUCAAGGUUCGCGUCCUGGUGCUGGACACCUUCAAGUGCUCCAAACCCUGUCCUGACCUCAAGCUGGGGAGCCGCUACAUCGUGAUGGGCCAGAUCUACCACCGGAGGCGCCACCUGCCAGCCGAGCUGCUGGCCGUGGUGGGGGGCAAGCUGAAGCCGGGUGACGGCCUCCUGCGCAGCAACAACUACGUCAAGCGCUACAACAGGAGGCGCCACCAGAAGACCCAGGAGGCCACGCGGGGAUCCAAGUGCCGCUGAGCUGAUUGGCCGAUGGUGAUGGGGCAUCCUGGGAGCUGGUGGCCAUGGCGAUGGGGCAUCCUGGAUUAUUCAGAAGCUUUUACAACCCAGUGCCACACAUUCCAAAAGACUGUUUGUUUUUUUAAAUAUAUUUUUUGUCUUUUAUUAGUGUAUUCAUGACGAGACUGUGAGAGAUUUUGACAGGAAAUGUGGGAGAGAGAGAUGGGGAAGGUCCGACAAACUAAGGAUCCUGACCAGAAUUGAACCCGGGUCGCCGGCGUAGCAGCCCAGUGCCCUCCCGUUAGAGCUGAUUGGGAUGAUGCGGCAUCACAACCCAGUGCCACGUAUUCCAAAAGACUGUCUUGACCUGUCCAAUUUACGCGCUUUUCCACAAUCACAUUAAUCAAGUUCCAUUGUGAGGCGAAGCAGGUAUUGACCUCUACCGGAGUCCUUAUAAAAAUAGUGUAGUGUGGCGUGGUGUAAGGUUAUGCUCAAGUCACCGGUUGCAGCAACUUACUCAUACCUGUGCUUUGAAUGCAUUGAAUCAACGGUGUGAGACAUCAUGUGAAGAAGGCCAACAGGCCUACUUCAGUGGUUCUCACCCUUUUUUGAACAAACGCCCCCUUGACCUCAUCAUAAGCCUCCAAAUG